AUGCCUGUUCCUCCACGAAACAUUUCUAACAAACGUUGGACUAUCACGAAAAUCUUCAUCUUGCUUCUCGCAAUCGUGGCGCCAGAGGUUAUCUUCUGGGUAGCGGCUUCCGAGCUCUAUUCGACAAUUAUCUUACAAAAGGCGUGCAAUGUGGUCCAGAGCACGAGGGAUAGCGAUUCAUCAGAGCCGAAACUUUGGCUAUCGAAGCGAGCAAUACCACUGGGCCAAGCACAAGGCCUAGAUCAUAUUGAUUUAGACCCGGUCCACACGGACUGGACAUUUCGUCAAUGUUUUUGCAUUGACUCAGGGGGAGUUGCAUUACAAACGCAAGAUGAAUGGAUCUACAGACUCCGACCCGAGGACAUGAAGCCCUUGAUCCAAGCUGGUAUUAUCCGGUGCUCGGAUUUCAGAGACCGGGAUGUCGAAGAUCGAGCAAAAUCCGAUUCUUUUGGAAAAGCAUUUACCGUCCUCCAGAGUACGUGGUUUCUAUGCAACUGCAUAGGCAGAUGGGCCUAUAGCCUCCCGGUCUCUCCUAUCGAGAUAGCAACUGUUGCUUAUGUGUGCUGUGGAAUCCUGAUCUGUGGGGUUUGGUGGUACAAACCCAAGAAUGUGACGACGCCAAUUUGUAUCUAUCUCCGAUUUGACCGCAAAGAUUUGCCGACUGAGGUCUGCAACCUUACAAAGGGAAACCCAAAAGGGUGGGUUCAUCUUCGAGCACGAGUGAAAGAGGAAAGUAUACUUUCGGCCUUCAAGACCUUUUUGACAUUGUUUAACAACGCCACUAGUCCUGCAACAAGUGACGGGCCUGAUCAGUCUCAUAAUAAUGAGCGGGAUGAUCAUUCCCCUCUUGAAAGACCGUCAUAUGGAAUUCUUUUCAGUGCUACUUGUACUUCUGCUGCUCUUAUAUUUUGCGCUAUUCAUAUUGCCGUGUAA